AUGGAUGUCUUGAAAUCCUUUCCCUGCAGUGCACUAGAUGAUGAGAUUUCAAAAGAAGAUGAUGCCGCCAGUCAGGCCGCGAGUCUCAGGCUUGCCCAGGCCUUGCAAGCCGAGGAGGAUGAGCAGGUCAUCGGUCGGGACCUGGAGGCUGAGCUACUAGCAGAGCAGCUUAGCUUGGAGGAGCUGCUGCUCCAGGCUGAGGAAGGGGAGCUGCAAAGGCUUCUAGCUCAAGAGGAGGCUGAUUUGUUGCAGGCUAGGAUGGCGUCCUUGGAAUCUAGGACAGAGUGUAUUGGAGAGCUCAUGCCGCCGCCAAGUGUUCGCAAGGGCGGAGCACGCAGUGACAGUGACUCUGGGGCUGGCAGCAGCAAGGACCAUCUACUACAGAAGCUGCCAGCAAUUAGCACAAAGAGGACUCUGGAGCCUGAGCUUGAUGCUUGCAAGGAACCUGUUGAAAAGGUCAAGCGGCCAUGCAUUAUGCACGAGGCUGAGCAAAAGCAGCCCCAGCGGGCUGCCGAUGUUCAUUCAAACCCCGGCUUGGAUAAUGUGGACACCCUGCCGAUGGACUUCGACUAUGAUGGCCUUGCUGCUGUCGGAGGCAGUGUGCCAGAAGCCACGGUCCAGGACCUUGGCAAAGGACAGGGUCCGGGUGCAGAGCUUGAACAGAAAGAGUGUGAGCCGACGGUGUCGGUUUCUGUCGGUGGAGUGCUUCAAGAUGACAUGUCCGACCGUGAUGAUGCUGUCAGUCUCAGUAUUCGUGAUGGGACCGUGCACUACACCGAUGAUGUGUUACAGAAGCAUGCCAUGGAAGUGAUCGGUUUAAUUGUCAUGAUAUUUGGGUACUUAGCUGAGGCAGUGAAAGACGAGCUACCGGAAUGCCCCGACACAUCGGACUUCAAGCCCAUGUCUCCAAGCGAGCAAACGAAGCUUAUUGGUGCUGCAGCGCCAAAGAAGAAGACCAAGCGCAAUCAGUGUGAGGAAACGACUGAAGCCCCUAUUGACGAAGCACUUGCUGAGGAACCAACAUCUCGCCGAGGCCGUGGUCGAGGCCGUGGCCGUGGUAAGGACUUGGCCUCGAGCAGGGGUCGUGGGGGAAGGGGCAAAGGGCGGGGUCGAGGGUGCAAAGCAAAGGAGGAGGCCCCACCCAGCCCCCCACGCACCGAGCCCGAUGACAGCCAACCCGAAGACGCCGAUGAACACAAAGAUGCAACAACGGAGGAGGAGGAUGAGGAGAUCCCCGAAACCAAGGGUAAAGGAGGUCCGAGAGCAAAGAACGACAAAGCUGCAGUGGAGCCAGCAAAGAAGCCUAAACAGGCAAAGGCUAAGGCGAAGGCCAAAGCAAAGGCCAAGGCUAAAGCAAAAAACAAAGCUGCUAGCACCAAGGAUGCUGCCAAGCCCGAGCCGAAAGCAAAGAAUUGUGCAAAGCCGAAACCAAAGGCAAAGGAGGAUCCAAAGGUGACAGCAAAGGCCGGGCCAACCAAGCGGCCACAGGGUUCUGCCUCUAAGGACAAGGCAGCCAUUGCCAAGCUUGAUGAGACCAAGGCGAAAAAAUCAAGGAAAUCUGUGGCCUACCACAAAGCACUGAACCAGGCUAAAAGUGAAGGCCAACCGCUUGAAGCCUGCAAGGAAGCUGCCAAAGCUGUGUCUUGA